AUGUACACGACAGACACCCUCCCAACAAGCUUCUGCAUAGCCCAAGCAAUCGGCCUCAGCGGCGCCGCUUGGCUCUCGGGAAACAUCUUCUCCCUAUCAUUGAUGACAGUCCCAGCCCUUCUUCAAUCCCACAGAGAGCACAAUAUUCCCCUAUCAACAAUCGCAAAACAGUGGGCCGUUGUCUACGAAACGGGAAAGAACCGCGCUCCCCCAAUUGCUCUCUUCACCGCCACCACCCUCUUGUAUCUAUCUUGGGCGACGAGGGCAGAGAGUACGCUGGCGGCCAUCGCACCACGGGGAGCUACCACUACGUAUGCAAUCUCUGCUGCAUUGACGAUUGCGAUCGUGCCGUGGACCAUUCUGGCCAUGAAGGGGACGAAUAAUGCCUUGAUGGAGAAGGCGAAGGUGGGCGUACAGGAGGAGAAGGAUCCCCAGGAGGGGGAGAGAGUGUUGGGUUUGUUGAACAGAUGGGCGUUACUUAAUGGUGCUAGGGCUGUGUGGCCACUCGCUGGGUUCUUGGUGGGGUUGUCGGCUGUUGUGCCUUAA